AUUUUGUAUUUUACUUGGGAGUUGGGAGAGUGUUACCCUGUGUUUAUCCUCUCAGGGAGAAGGCUCGUGAAAGAGAGCGCGACCGGGAAAGGGAACGACCAGAUAAAAGGAAACGAUCUCCUGAAGCUAAGCCCAAGGAUGAACUUUCAAAGGCAGAGAUAGAGGAAGAGGAAAGACGUGAAAAGGAGAAGAAGUUUAAGAAAGAACCUUUGUCCUUGGAAGAAAUGGUAGCAAGGAAGAGAGCAGAAGAGGAAGCUCUGAGUCGGCCAAAGUUUUUGACCAAGGCAGAAAGGCAAGCAGAAGCCCUCAGGCGGCGACAAGAAGAGAUUGAUGAGGUACGUAAGAGGCAAGAUGAGGAGAGGAAGGCACGAGAUGCAAUGUACCAGGAUGGUCGGAGGGAACUCGAGCAGGCCUUACGGCAGGAAGAUCCUCGAGAGCGGGACCGCCACCGUCGAGACCGGGAACCAAGAGAGAAUAAAGAGGACAUUGAGUUAGAGAGAAAAAAGCAGCUUGAACGAGAUGCUGUUAAUGAGAGGUAUUUAGGGAUUGUGAAGAAGAAGAAAAAGAUUCGCAGGCUGAAUGACCGUAAAUUUGUAUUUGACUGGGAUGCUGGUGAGGACACUUCUGUGGACUACAAUGAGCUCUACAUCAAUAAGCAUCUGGUUCAUUUCUUUGGUCGUGGGCAUUUUGGUGGACUAGACUUAAAAGAGCAAAAGAAGAUUCAAUCUAAGUUCUAUGGAAACUACAUUGAACAUCGCCGUACACAGGCUGACAAAGACCAAGAGAUAAUCCGCAUGAAGAAGGAGCAGAAAAAAGAAGAUAAGAAAAAGUGGGAUGAUCGACACUGGAGUGAAAAGAAUGUGGAGCAGAUGACAGAACGAGAUUGGCGAAUUUUCAGGGAAGAUUACAACAUUGCAAUUAAGGGAGGUCGAAUUCCCAAUCCAAUUCGGACAUGGGCAGAAUCUAAUAUUAAGAAAGAUAUUCUGGAUAUUAUUGCCAGCGUUGGAUACCAGGACCCAACUCCAAUUCAGAGACAGGCUAUCCCCAUUGGUCUACAAAAUCGAGACAUUAUUGGUGUUGCAGAGACUGGCUCUGGUAAGACUUUAGCCUUUCUUAUUCCUCUUUUGGAAUGGAUUCAGUCUCUUCCCAAAAUUGCUCGGUUAGAGGAUGCAGAUCAAGGACCGUAUGCAUUAGUCAUGGCUCCAACUCGAGAGCUUGCACAACAGAUUGAAGAAGAAACAACCAAGUUCGGAGGACCUCUUGGCAUCCGCACUGUAGCAGUCAUUGGUGGCUUGUCACGUGAAGAACAGGGUAUGAAGUUACGAAUGGGCUGUGAAAUUGUAAUUGCCACCCCUGGACGUCUUGUAGAUGUGCUUGAAAACAGAUACCUCGUACUGAACCAGUGCACGUAUGUUGUCUUUGAUGAGGCUGAUAAAAUGAUUGACAUGGGUUUUGAGCCAGAUGUUCAAAAAAUCUUGAAAUUUAUGCCAGUGACAAAUGAAAAACCAGAUAAUGAGGAUGCUGAAGAUGAGGACAAGUUGUUGCAAAAUUUCCUCUCUAAACAUAAGUAUAGGCAAACAGUCAUGUUUACAGCUACUAUGCCACCUGCUGUAGAAAGGAUGGCCAGACAGUACCUUCGUCGACCUGCUUAUGUGUACAUUGGUUCUAUAGGAAAACCAGUGGAGCGCGUUGAACAGGUUGUGUACAUGGUAAGUGAACAAGAAAAACGUAAGAAGUUGCUAGAUAUUUUGAAGCGUGGUAUCACACCUCCAGUCCUUAUUUUUGUCAAUCAAAAGAAGGGUGCAGAUGUGUUGGCACGUGGUUUAGAGAAACUGGGUCACAAUGCCACAACUCUCCAUGGUGGCAAAGGCCAAGAACAGCGUGAGCAUGCUCUUGCAAAUCUCAAAUCUGGAGCAAAAGAUAUCCUCGUGGCCACAGAUGUUGCUGGUCGUGGUAUUGAUAUCAAGGAUGUCUCCCUUGUUAUUAAUUAUGACAUGGCAAAGAAUAUUGAAGAUUACACCCACAGAAUCGGUCGUACAGGUCGUGCAGGAAAGCACGGCAAAGCCAUAUCUUUCUUAACCAAAGAUGACUCUCAUUUGUUCUAUGACUUGAAGCAGCUGAUCUUAUCCUCGCCGGUGUCAUCCUGUCCACCAGAGCUCGCUAACCACCAUGAAGCCCAGCACAAGCCUGGCACAGUUAUGACAAAGAAGCGAAGGGAAGAAAAAAUAUUUGCUUAAGCCAAGGCCUGUAGGCAAUUGGCUCUGAUGUCAGUUGUGUAAAUAGUAAUGAUGAUAAUGGAUAUGCAACUGGUGUUACUGCUAAGUUGUAAAACACUUCAAUGAAUAGAUGGCAUACGAGUUGUGUAAGCGCAUGAAAUAUUUCUGUAUGUGGUCUUCAUAAGCCAUCCUUGAUAAUGUAUGCAUAUUGCUAUUAAUGUUGAAUGCAGUACAUUUAUUUAUUGUAUGAGUAAAUGGAAAUGCAGGGGGAAGGUGCUGGUACCUGACAUUAUGUAAGGUUAUUGCAAAGCAUUUAACCCCAUUUUUACUUGCAUUCUCUGCAAACA